AUGUCUGCACCUCCGACCCCAAGCAUAUCUCAAGUAACACACGAUAAAGCGCACAUGAAGAGGAGAGACAGACCACCGACACUCCAGCUGGGGGACUCAAAAGAUUCGUCGGACGGAGACGUACAGUCCGAGCGCGAUGUACGCGCAAAUGCACAACGGACACUUCUGCAAGUCCGCAAUCCGGAUGAUCAUGUCACGGAAAACGAGUCUGACUUGCCGCGCUCUGCAUCUGCCACAUCGUCCCUCGAUCCGUACUACUUCAGCGUCCACAGCCCAUCUGAGUCACCCUUGCCCAAUGCGCGUAGUCUGCCCAAGACUCCAGAGACACGGAUGGUGAACGACCCUGUGACGCCAGGCAAAGAUCCAGCAGCGAUUGAUAGACGAGGACUAGUUGGGGUGGGAGAGCUUGCUACUCCACGCUGGGCGCGGGGCGCGCGUGACGAUGAGGUCGAGGUUGACGACCCAAUUCACGAUAUCGAUGAAGAUGAUGAUGCAGGUGAAGUCCUGAUCAUGGAGGGAGAUUAUACUCCGGACCUGCCGGACAGUCCGUGGACGAUCGAAGCGAUCGACGGUGAGAAAGAAGAGAGCGACGAGUUCUUGGAGGUGAAGGCGGUUCCACGUUCUUUGCGGACGCGGCGUUCGGUCGCUGAUGAAAGUGGUGGUGAGGAGAUUCUCUAUCCGCGGCAUCCGCUACCAGUGGACAGUGUCAAGCAGGAGGGUGCAUACACUGCGAGUACUGCACUCAGUGAAGAGUUCCCCCCGACCGCCAUUGUGUCCCGUCCGAAAAAGCGCACAUCGGAGGAAUUUGAUAUGGAUCAUUCUGGAGUAGCGAAGCAUGAGAAGGAAAAGGCAUCGGUACGGAGGCACAGAAGUCUGGGUGUUGGAUUACCAUCAACAACGACGAAGGAAAGGGUGAAAGAUCGCAGAAGAGAUACGCUAUCCGUCAACGUCAAGCAUGCUCGGCAAACAUCUGCAAGCUCUUCUUCAUCCAGCCAUGGGGAGACAUACCACUCAAGGCGUGUCCAUACUUCCGAUUUCUCUCAUUUACCACCAUCUCCUUCGUCAUCAUCCAUCCAGCAGUUCCUGAAACACAGCAGUACAAAUAGUACGGCAGGUUCACCCUUGCAGAACACCCGGGACCCACCCUCGCAUCUUCCUGCCAACGUUGUUGCCCAUUCUCUCCUUCGUGGUACCCAAGAAGGAUGGUCAGACCUGGACGAUCAUGCGACUGCGGAAGCCCUGCGAAAGUUAGACGGGCUUUCUAGUAGGAGUGCUCGUGCGAGGUCCAGCAUUGGUGGUCAUAGCAGGGUGGGAAGCUCCAGUCGCCCCUCAAGUCGGCCGUCUACCCCUGCCAUGAAUGCGACACAAUGGGAAGGUGUCCAAGGUGGACGGAUUAGCAAACGGGUUAGCACUCAUCUGUCUUCCGGAGUGACGGAGAAGGACAAGUUCAAGGAGCAGGUUCCUACACCUCGUCAAGGUGUUGGUCUGGGACUUGGACUCGGGGAUAUCUCUGUUGAUACUGAGUUAAAUGGUGCACGCCUCUCAAGCGAGGAAGCGCAGAAUGGCUCACCUUCACCUGACAAGCCGCUCAAGAAGGCUGGCUCGAUUCACACACGUACCAGUUUCAUUACGCCAAAGCGCAGUUCAGCUUCGUCUGGCACUAAUACGAGCACGCCCACGACAAGUUCACGCGAUUCUGCCACGUUAUCCGUCACCACGAAUGCUACCUCUGUAUCUACCGCAUCUGGCCGGCAGUCGACGGGCAAGGCUAGGAGGAACAGUGCAGGUAGUGAUAUUUCCGUGUACUCUGGUGAUGCAGCUUCCGCACGGGAUCGUGCAGCUGCCCUUGCGAUAUCGUCUGAUGGUCCAGAGGAUGCCGAAGUACCACCUGUACCACCGUUGCCCAAGGACUUCUCCGGAUACAAGCUGCCAGUGCAGACGCCAACUAAUCUCACAUCUCCUUCGCCGGACAGUGCAGGCGGUACGGAGAAGAAAAUUCGCAGGGACACAGUUGGCGAUGUCAACCAUCUAACAGCGUCCUUGGAAGUCCCGUCCUUCCCUAAUACCCCUUCUAAGCAUAGCUCUUUACAGGUGCAGAAGUCCACUACGCCGACGGCUGUGCACAAGACGCCUUCAAAGAAAUGGAGUUUGAAUGCUUUGAGCAAGAAGUUGUCCCACUCGCCUUCGGUUACUUCGAUGAAGGAGCCUGCACACUCGAAGUCCCCAGGUUUCCCGAUCAGCCCGCGUGGUUUGCACUUUGGUCAGCAAAUUCGCAAGUCGCUUUCGAAGGAGAAUGCUCUUUCUACUGUCUCCAAGACGUCUGUGGAAGAUUGGUCACCCAUCAACUCAGACGCCAUGGCUUCGGCCACAUCCCUGGCGUCUGUCUCAUCUGUUGGUUCCAGUCGACUCCCUAGAUCUUCCGUGGCGUCACUGCAGCCUCCAGUUGUGACAGCACGAACUCCCGAUCGUGUUGUACCUAGUCGAUCGGGUACUGGUUCCAGCGCUAGUACUAACGUUCCUAUUAUGCCUCAACACGCUCCUCUUAGUCCUGCAUCCUCUAUUCGCCGCGAACCUUCUACCAAGCGUCGUACUCCUUCGUCCAUACCCUUUUUCCGCCGCUCCUCAUCGCAAUCCAUGCAGAUACCUCCUGCGACCUCAAUGCCACUUUCGGGGUCUCCAACGUCUUCGUCUGGGCCUAAUUCCUCUACUCAUCUGCGUGUACCGAGCAGCCGCUCGCCUACUAAGGAUCCGAGCCUCUCUUCUCCGUCUGUACCCAAUUCGGCACAGAAGAAGUCAUCUAUGCUCAGUCUUGGCAUUCCAUCCUUACUCAAAGGCUCCAGUUCUAGGCGGAAUUUACAUUCUGAUAAAGAGAAGAGCGACGCCAAGAGUAGCAAGGAAGGAUCGACUUCAAAGGAUUCAGAACGAGAAAAAUCCAAGAAGGAUGAGAGAGAUCGUAGUGAAAGUAGGAUUUCAGUUUUGAUGGGCAGGAAACGCGGAAAGACACUAUCCUCUGCUCAUCCGAAGAAGACGGAGCCAAUUCCUAUUGCUAUGCCGCCAAUGCAAAUGUCAGCCAUACCGCCUGUUACUGCUCAGCGUGUAGCCAAUUUGAAGUCUUCGUCGUCCUCGUCAUCAUCUUCUAAUCCAUCUACGGCCGGCACUUCGAGACUGGCUUCUUCGAGGGCUACGUCUCAAACGGUGAGUUCAAUGCAGAAACACUCGGAUACGUCACUUCGCAGCCGAAAUCAGUUGCCAACUAUUGCCGGCUCACCAUCAGUGGGUGCCCUUCAACCUCAAAUUGUGAAGGAUUCCAGGGAGGGCCCUCCGUCCACGUCACUGAAUGCUUCAUCCGGUCUAUUAAAGGAAACUCCCACGAAAAUCCCCCGAAUUUCCAGCCGGUCUUCAGCGGUGAAUUCACCUACAUUAAAGGCCAAUGGGACAAGUCGGAGGGUAAGCAUGAUUGUUAGCACCACAGCUCCCUUUGCGCCGUCUCGUGGCAAUUCGCCAACUGCCGGUAGCGAAUCAAUGAACGAGUUUGGGGUUAUCGAGAACGGGCAGGCAUCAGGAUCCAAAGUGACCACCACAACUAGUCAACGUCAUUCGGUUCGGUCGCCUCCAUUGGGAACGUCGCGUGUCCCGCGUCAGGUUGCUGCCACCACUUCUGCCACUGUAAACGGUGCUAUUCCCCGUAAGAACCGAGAAUCCAUGUCGUUCGCUGGCUUGCGGAAGUCGUCUACUGGCUCGGUUACUUCCAUCUCUUCGAUUGCGCAGCAAAAUGAGUCGCAGACACAGCACCGAUUCUCCGCCCUGUCUCCUUCGAAAGGCCUGAAGCUUUUAAGUCCAAAGAUGUCGUUGCCCACCACCAGGUCUUCCAAUACGUCAUUGACGCAGGGCAUCCAGCAGGUCAUGGGUUCUCCUUCCGCGAGUCGACAGUCAUUAUCAACGCCUUCUCCUGCCCCUAGCUCAGUGGAUGAAGAAGAGCUCUUGGGUGAUGAGGAGAUGUUGCAAUACAUCAGAAGACAGCAGGCCAAGAAGUUGGCAGCAGGCGCUUCACAGGCUGACCUGGAUGGUCUACUGCGCUUCCCGGAGCCAAUCCCCCCGAUCCCUCCAACGGUCCCAGCUGCUAUUCUUAAGAGUAGCCAAGCGCAAUACCUUUCCGAGUAUGAGCGCAAGGAGAUCUUGGAGUGCCCGUCGGUGUACUACAUUGGAGCUCACAGUGAUAAAAAGCCAGCCACCUGCGAUAACACGACGAACAAUCAUGGCUAUGAUGACGAACGCGGCGACUAUCUCAUUGUCAAUCGUGACCAUCUGGCAUAUCGUUACGAAAUCAUUGAUACUCUGGGCAAAGGUUCCUUUGGGCAGGUCCUGAACUGUCGCGACCAUUGCACAGGCGAGUCUGUCGCAAUCAAGAUUAUUCGCAACAAGAAGCGAUUCCACCAUCAAGCUCUUGUGGAAAUCAAGAUCUUGGAUAGUUUGCGGAAAUGGGAUCAAGAGGAGAAGCAUCAUGUCAUCAAGAUGACAGAGCACUUCUACUUCCGCAAUCACCUGUGCAUUGCAAUGGAACUGUUGAGCAUCAAUCUGUACGAGCUGAUCAAAGCCAACGGCUUUGUUGGCUUCACUACGGCCUUGAUUCGGCGCUUCACGAGCCAGAUGCUGCAAUCGCUGUCAUUGAUGCGGCACCAUCGCAUUGUACAUUGCGACUUGAAGCCCGAGAACGUUCUGUUGAGACACCCUGCCAAGAGUGCAAUCAAGGUCAUAGACUUCGGUAGCAGCUGUUUCGAGCACGAAAAAAUCUACACCUACAUCCAGAGUCGUUUCUAUCGUUCUCCGGAAGUCAUUCUUGGCAUGAACUACCACAUGGCAAUCGAUAUGUGGAGUUUAGGCUGUAUUCUGGCCGAACUGUAUACUGGAUUCCCCAUUUUCCCAGGUGAGAAUGAACAGGAGCAGCUGUCUUGUAUCAUGGAGGUUCUUGGAGUGCCGGACAAGGAUUUUGUUAAUCGCAGUUCGAGGAAGAGGCUUUUUUUCGAUAACACUGGAGCCCCACGGCCUGUAGUAAACUCGAAGGGGCGGAGGAGACGACCUGGAUCAAAGUCUCUAGCUCAAGUUCUGCGAUGUGAUGACGACUUAUUCGUGGACUUCAUCUCCAAAUGCCUGGUUUGGGACCCCGACCGUCGGAUCAAGCCACAGGCUGCAUUGCGCCACCCUUUCCUCACAGCUAGUCGACGCGCGAAGAUAACGAGCCCAACUCCUGGCACAGCGAAAGCGAUGCUUUCUUCAGCUUCCCGUGGCAGCAAGGUGACCGAAACUCCGAAGAAGUCGAUGAUAAGCGCACCUACACCUCUGACAGCUCGUUCUACGAGAACCACUGUUCCUAAUACCCCGAGUGGUUCGAGUACUAUGCACACGGCACUGGGAUCGUCGAGGUCAUACAGAACGUCACAAGCGCAAUCCAUGUCGUCCUAUCAUGCUAGUCGGACAAUGACAACUGCGAAAUGA